AUGGAGGAACAGUUAAACAAUCUAUUCACUACAGUUGAUUGCGAGUUUAAAAAAACGGAAUUGGAGUUGCAAAUUAGUAAGUGCUCCACUGAUAUUAAUAAAGAAAGAUUUGUCUGUCCUCAUUGUGGAAGAGAGUUUACUCAAUCUAACAAAUACAAGAAGCAUAUUUAUUUACACACCGGAUUAAAACCAUAUACCUGUGAAGUUUGUCGUAAAACAUUUACUGAGAUUUGGAACCUGAAAAGACAUUCUAAGUGUCACAUGACGAAUAACACUUUUUGUUGUCCUAUUUGUCAGAAGCCAUUUCAUGACUCUGGAAACAUGAAGCGCCACUUAAAAAUUCAUAAUGGGACUAAGCCAUAUUCUUGUGUAGAAUGUGAGAAAAAGUUCAGUGAAGCUGGCAACCUCAAAAAACACAUGCUCACCCAUGUUGGAACCAAACAGCAUGAUUGCCUCUUGUGUGGACGACAAUUUCUUGAACUUGGCAAUUUAAAACGUCACAUGAAAACUCAUACAGGAGUUAAAGAUUUUGCCUGUUCUGUUUGUUCAAAAAGGUUCAAUGAAGCUGGAAACUUGAAACGUCACUCUAAAAUUCAUUUGGGAGUGAAGCCGUUUGUUUGUAAUGUUUGUGACAAACCGUUUCUUGAGAUGAGCAAUCUGAAAAGGCACAUGGCUAUACACACAGGUCAGAAACCAUUCACUUGUUACGAAUGCCAAAAGGAAUUUGUGGCUGCUAGUAAUCUGAAACGGCAUAUGAGGGUUCAUGAUGCUAACAAACGAUUUUCUUGUGAGUUUUGUAAUAAGCAAUUUUCUGAAAUUAGCAAUUUGAAAAGACACAAACAGAAAUUGCACAACAAUGUUGAAUGA